UAUACCUCUUCUUUACGACAGCGUAAAGCGGCUAAUUUAUUUUUCGCUUCCCCGCCGUGCGGCCGACCCAUCAACACACGGGGGUGUCUGAGACCCCUUAAGUCGUAACCCCUCGACAGCAAAAGCAUGUCCGAUCUUUUUGCAUCUGCAAUCACUGGUGUUACUUUUUUAAAGCAGUAUUGGAAAUCAGUUGCCGGAUCUUGAUAAAAUAUUACGAGAAGAUGAUGAAUCUGAUUUUUUACCAUCGGCAGGAUCCAACUUAGCUGCUAUUUUUGGGAUGCAAGUUAAAACAUUGGAUAGCUCUUCAUCAAAGCAACAAGUUUCUAAAAAGCCAAAUAUAUCUCGUAACAUAACUCAGGUAAUUCAGAUCAAACCAGAAGUCAUAAUAGCUAAAGCAGUACAUGCAUUUAAACUACAAAAUGGAGUUUACAUAUCAAUUGGUAAACUUGGUAUGGCUCUUACAGGAAAUGCUGCAACGAAAGUAUAUCAAAUUAUUUUAUACAAAAACAAACAAGAACACGUAUCAACUGUUACAGUGACACAUGAUUUUUUAUAUGUAAUACAACCAAACAAUUAUUCAAGUUAUUAUGAUAGCAAUAAGGAAAAUUGGUCAAUAUUAUUUGAAAAUAGCGACGUUUGCAUCGAAUUUGCGAGAGAAAUAGCAUUAGCUCGAUAUUUUUCGAAAAAUGCGAGGAUAGAAAAUGUGCUUUAUCAAGAUCUAUCACCAGUUAACAAAGAUGUAACUGCAAAAGAAGGAGAUAGUGUAUCUAUAAAAUAUUUUAUCAGUGCCGAAAUAAUACAGCCCCUUAAAAGCAAUCUUAUAAUGUAUCAAACGAUGACGGUAGAAAUAUCUACCGAUGAUAAUUGGGAGAAAACACUUUUAGGAAGCAGUAACGGAUUAAAAAGAAUUUUAUUUUUACCUCCAAACAAACAGAUCAGUUUAGGACCUGGAUUUCCUAAAGACAAAGAUGUUAUAUUAGAAAUAGAAAUAAUAGAUAUACAAUCACAACAGGAAGCUACUAAUUUGCAUAAGGUGACAAGUGGUAAAGCUUCUAUAAUAUCGCGUAUGGCAAAAAUGGGACAGUCUAUGUUUGUACCGAAAAUUCCUACAUCUACUACUACCGAUUCUGAAGAUACCGAGGACGAUGUACCGCGUAGAUCGUUGCAUCAAAGAAAGGCAGAAUUGUCAGAAGGAGAAUUUCAAAAGAAACGUUUUACACAAGAAUCUAAAGAAGAAAUAUCAAAAACUGCACACAAAGUACUGAAAUCAAAAAGCGACGCGUCUGUAACAAAUGCAGCUUGUAAGCCUUUCGUUACACCUACUCUCGCUCCUCAGUGGUCACCUACUCAAAGACAGCCCAAUUUCGUCACUGUGGAUGGUCAGGUGUAUUCACUACAACCACAAAUCGUAACUCCAACGGUAUCAACAGUGAUCGAUCCAGGUUUAAACAUGUUGUUGUCGGAAACUCGAAUGACAAAUGCAGAACUCAGAAUGGGGAUGUCUAAAAUAGGUGAUAAUGUGCAGAAAUUACUUGAUAAGUUUCAUGUUCUUGAACUUCAAAAUGCUACAUCUCCUCUAAAAGAGAGAGCGGAUUUGGCUGCUUUGAAAAUGUUACUAACUACGACUGCGUCUCAGACUGAAGAGAAGGAAAAACAGUCGCAAACCAAUAUUACGGCUACCGAUAUUUCUACACAGUUGAACGAGUUCAAAGACAGAACGAGUGCGCUAGAAAAAGAAUUAAGGGAGUCAAAAGAAUAUAUUAAAACUCUCGAAGAUCAGAAAGAAUCUUUAACUCAAACUAAUGAAACUUUAUCAAAAAGUAUUAAACAAUUAGAAAUAUCAUUGAAUGAUGCAAACAGUGCACUUUUAACAGUAAGAAAAGAUCUAGAAGAAAGUAGAGAACUUAAAAGCAAAUGCGAAGAACAAACAUCUAUAUUAGAAAAUAAAAUGCUCAAACUUUCCGAAACGGCAAGUUCCAUGGAAACGAAAGAAAAUGAUAAACAGAAGGAAAUCAAACAUAUAAUGAAUAAAAUUUAUCAUGCUCUGAUGGAUAAAUUUGUAGAAGAGUCGUACUCUACAAAUUACGUAAGAACAGUAAUAGCAAAUACAAUAAAGAAUACCACGCUUCAAGUUUUACAUAAGAAUAAUGAAAAAAGUAACAGGGAACCAGAAUCAAUUUCUGCCAAAAUAGCAGAAAGUGAUGAUUUAAAAGUAGAUAAUACAGAGUUUGAAACCUCCAGUUCAAGCAAGUCAUCAGAACCAACUGAAGUUGCCAAAACUACUAAAACUCAUAUAUUUGUAUUACAGAAUGAACCACCACCUAUUCCUCCUAUUGAUACCGAAGAUGAGAAUGAUUGGUUACAAUGAUAAUUGUAUAUUUCAAUGUAUAAUUGCAUCCUAUGAAAUAAUUCCACAACCCAAAUUUAAAUUAUCGAUGAAUUUUUACAUAAAAUAGACAUUUUUUAAUACCCAAAGAUUUUCUUUAAA